AUGGCCACUUCACCACCAGGCUCGCCCGCCAACGGUGUUACGCGGCCCAUGAGCGCCAUGUUGCGCUCCAACCGCAGUUCCAGCCGUAUGAGUAUCAGUAGCAAGCCAGGCGAGAGCAAGGCGUCGGACGAAGACAGCAGGACCGCCGUCAAAGUUGCCGUCCGCGUGCGUCCUGCACUUCAGCAUGGAGAUCCUGGCUACGAACUCAUUCCUCAACGAUUUCGCAAUGCCUUGUGUCACGUCACUUCACCCUCGAGUCUGACUGUAGACGCAGCCGGAGGCAAGAAGGUCUUCAUCUUUGACCGUGUCUUUGACCAGGAUAUUAACCAGGAGGGCAUCUUCGAAUAUGUCGCAGACAGCGUCCAUUCUUUCGUCCAGGGCUACAAUGUCUCCAUUCUUGCCUACGGCCAGUCUGGUGCCGGAAAGUCGUACACAAUGGGCACCACAGGCCCACGCGACCAAGCCGAUCCCGAAGUUAUGGGUAUUAUCCCCCGCGCAGCCGCAUUGCUGUUCGACAAACUCGAUGGGUCCAACAAAAGCGCCGGCUCUGGCAUUCGCGCUCCAAGUCGCUUAUCUGGAAUUCAGAACUUCACUGCCAAGUCUUCAACAUCGCAGGCAAAUAGAAACUGGCAACUGAGAGCCACGUAUGUAGAGAUCUACAAUGAGCAACUUCGCGACCUGCUACUACCCGAAAACGUAGCUCACGGCGAGCGACCUCAGGUAAACAUCCGAGAGGACCGUGAUGGUCGCAUUCUCCUCACUGGACUCACCCAAAUACCCGUAAACUCGAUCGAUGAUUUGCUCGGUGCUCUCAACUUCGGCUCCUCAAUCCGGCAGACUGAUGCGACUGCCGUCAACGCAAAAUCGUCGCGCUCCCAUGCCGUUUUUAGUCUGAACCUAGUACAGAAGAAGUCUUCGCCAACAAUAACAACAUCAACCCGCGAGAAGCGCCGGUCUGUGCCCAUCGAAAUGAUGUCUGGCUCCAGCGAGAGCUGGGUAACUGUGGAUAGCAAGCUCCAUUUCGUCGAUCUGGCGGGAAGCGAGCGGCUGAAAAAUACAGGGGCGCAAGGCGAGCGCGCCAAGGAAGGUAUUUCGAUCAACGCAGGUCUUGCAAGCUUGGGAAAAGUUAUUUCACAACUCUCGGCACGCUCUCACGGGGGCUAUGUUUCGUACCGCGACUCCAGGCUUACGCGCCUUCUGCAAGACUCGCUUGGCGGCAACGCUAUCACAUACAUGAUCGCUUGCGUCAACCCAGCUGAGUUCCACCUAAGCGAAACCCUCAACACGGUCCAGUACGCGCAGCGCGCCCGUGCUAUCCAAGUUAAACCCCAGAUUCAGCAGGUCCAUGACGACAGUGAUAAGCAAGCGGCUAUCGACCGGUUGAGAGCCGAAGUUCAAUUUCUCCGAGACCAGAUACGACUGUCUGAGCGCGCGGAUAGAAAGAAGACCGGCCCCCAAGAGCGCGCUGAACGGCAAGAGGAACGUGAAGCCGAGCUUCAGAAUCAGCUGCUGGAUAUUCAGGAAAACUACAACGCCCUAAGCGCGCGUCACGCUAAGCUUAUCUCCGAGAUCACCAAAGCACGUGAUAACAGCGAGACGGAAACGCCUAUGCUCAAGGAUGCUAUUGGCGACUCUGCAGUAGAACGAUUGAAGAGAUCAAACUCUUUCGCCGAGGCCGUCGAAUCUGUUGUCCUGGAAUACGAAAAGACUAUUCAGACGCUGGAAUCAUCUCUCUCCAACACGCGAUCUACCUUGUCAACCCACGAAAGCGAUUUGCUGGAAAAGGAGACUCGCAUUGCCAUCCUCGAGAGCCAGAAUCAGCAUUUGCAGUCUCGCCUCCAAAAGGCAAUGGAGCGUGACGCCAACAACGAAGAGUACGUCCAGUCGCUCGAGCGCCAAAUCGACUCCUCGGUCAAUGGCAUUGAGAAGAACGACACCGUGAUAUCUGAAUUGCGCGAAAAGCUGCAAAAGGCUCGCGAGAACGAGGCUAGCAGUGAAGAAUACAUCUCUACAUUGGAAGAGCGCCUCGCCGAAAAUGAGCAAGAAACUGAGAUGAUGAGUCGUGAGAUUGAGCGACUCAAGCAUGUUGUCGAAAGACAACGUAGUGUUGCUAAACUAGACAACUUGCUCUACGAACUCGACAGGACGGACUCAAAAGCCGAGGAAAACCACGUAAAUGGUCAUUCCAAGACACCUAGUGAUCCCUUCAUCGACAAGCACACCAACCUCGAGAGGCGAGUGACCACUGACAGCAUGCACCAAUUUGGUACUCCUAUUGAUGCCAUUCCCGAGGAGGCUGGUAGCGAACGUCCCCAGACCUCCAGCACCGCUGCUCACUAUCCUGAUGCCGAGGAGCAAAAACCCGAUUUUGCUGUCAAGGCCAUCUCCAACGAUGGAAUCCGUGACGAUGCCGACGAUGGACCAUCGAGCCCUGCACAAGUCCGCUUCGUUCACGACAAGCUUGACACUGUCACACAAGAGUUGCUCGAUCUCCGUGUAGAACACGAAGGGACACUCCAAGACUACGAGAAGCUUGCCAGCAAGUACCAGGAGGCUUUGCGCACUUUGGCAGCUCUUCAAGACUCUGUCGAUGAGGCGCGUCACCAUGUUGCUUCAUCUGCACCAUCUUCUCGACCGACAUCUUUUUUAUCAAACGCGGGGGUGAAUGGCCUCACAGCAGAGGAUGGACAACCUUCGUCCUCGCGUACCUUGUCUGCGGAAUUGUCCUUAGCGGAGUCUGGCAAUACCAGUAUUCUAGACGAGGGGACGGAAGUUGGCCAUGAUGAGGCCACUCCGAAACGAGCUUCAGUCGCCUCUCUGGGCCAAGAGCCCCACAUCCCUGAGACUGUCCUUGUUCAGGAAUUGAAAGCCUUGAAGAUACUACAAAGUGAGAAGGAAGAGCGCAUCAAUGAGCUCCAGCAGACUUACUCUGAGCUGCAAGAACAACACCAAGACAUGCUCGACUACGUCGAAGAGCUCAAAUCAGAGAUCACCAAGGCUCAGCUGAAUCGGCCAGCCUCGCCAUCAAUGCACAUGAUCCGUCGAAAGUCGAGUCAAGCAGUCCUUGCAAACGACCGCGCCAACCGUGCCGUUUCCUCUCUUCGAACCCUUGUGCUGGACAGGUUGGACGAGGACGAAGACGCCAUACAGAACUUUGAGCUCAACCUCAACACAAUCAUGUCGGAGAUUCAAGUACGCUCAGAUCGAGUUCAGGAUCUAGAGUUUGAGGUUCAGUCCAUACGCAAGGAGAUGGAAGGUAAAAUGACUUUGAUCAGUGGUUUGACAAAGGAACGCUCGAGCUUGAAGGCUGGAUCUCCUCUUGACAUCUCUAUUGUUGCUUCAAUGCAGGAUCAGAUGAAGCAAAAUGAGGAUCAUAUCCGAGAGUUGAAGGACUCGCACGCUCAGCGGGAGCAGGAGCUCAAAGCUCAAAUCGAGACACUCAAGUCUUCUGUCAAGCUUGGCGCAUCAUCGGAGGACCUGCUCUCACACCGACAGAUGCCAGAUACCCCUCGGACAACCAACGGUGAUGGCGAGUCAGACGAAGAUGCCGCUCACCAUAACGAAGUCAUUAAGCUUAGUGAUGAAGCUGCUCACUGGCACUCCAAGCACCUUGAGGCUAUCGAAGCCACCAAGGCCUCGGAGAGGCAGCAUCUUGAGACUGUUCGUGAGCUGGAAUCUGCCAAGCAACGGCUUGAAGUAAACCACGCUCUACGCUUGUCUGAGAUCGAGCAGACAAGAGGUGCUGAAGCCGAAGCCGCUUUGCAACAGGAGCGCGCCAAGCAUGCUGCGAUGAUCGCCGCAUUACAAGCCGAGGUAGAUGAACACAAGUCUACAGCUUUGAACAACGCUGCUCGCCUUGCCGAGCUUGAGGAGUCACAUACCAAUAUCGUCAGGCAAUUCGAGGAAGACUCACAAGCCCGUUCGCUCACCGAGAAAGAACUCGAGACCCAUCGAUCUCUCGUCACCAACCUGGAAAGACAGAUUGAGGAGCACAAGGCAGCAAUCGAGUACCAUCAACAAGGCAUGGACUCUAUCCAGAAGACACAUGCUGCUGAGCUCGAGAAGCUCACAUCAGAGCUUACGACUCACAAGGAGACAGCAUCUUCUCUGGAGGCUGAUCUUGCUAAGGCGAAGACCGAGAUGGAGACGCUACUCCAAGGUGUUUCGGAGGCCUUGGGCGAAGAAACAGACAUCGGCACCAUCCAGUCUCAUAUCGAAGCGUUGGUCAAAGAGCGCAAGUCAAUUGCCAGUCGACUAGAUGAAGCUGUCAAGGACCUUGAAUCAGCAAGGACGGAACUUGCAGAGGCUACCAGCACCAUCAAUAAGCUCAAGGGCAACCUCAAAGAGUUUGAGCUUAUCAACGCCGAGACGCUGAAAGAGCUUGAGAGGGUCAGUGAGAAAGAGCUCAAGAGUGCUCGCCUCGUACAAGAACUGGAGGACCAGCUCAACCAGAACUGGGACCAGCAUGAGGCCGCCAACAACCGACUCUCUGCUCUGCAAACUGAGCGCUCUCGUGAACUUCAAGACGCUAUGACCCACGGCGAGGAACUCGAAAAGGAAGUACAGGAAUCACGCAUCAAGAUUGCGCUCCUAGAGUCCCAACUUGUUGAUGCAAAGCGCAACUCUGCCCGUGUAUCCGUGGAUCCCCGCGAAGACCUUCAACGAUCCAACUCAAACAACUCCACUGCACGCAAGAACGCUGCACACACUUCCUUGCCCUCACCGCCGCCAGCCAUUCCUCUUCCCCCUCUUCCUCCUGGCAGCCCGCCACCUCAAACCAAUGCACCUUCUCCUCCUACCUCGCGUCACCAAAGCAAGGACAUUGCUCAUGCUCAGUUGGUCGAGGACCAGGAAGCUCGUAUUCGCACCAUUGAGAAGCAUCUCUUUGCUGAGAAGCAGCUUACAGCUACCUUGGAGGAUGCUUUGACUGAUCUCGAGGCUUCCAGCACAAAGACCAGGGCUGAUCUGGAUCAAUUCAGGAAGAAGUGCGCCACUCUAGAAGAAGAGCUCAAUGUUAUGCGCAAGGAGCGCAGCGCAGCACGCCACUCUCUUCAAGCUGUCGAGGAGGAGCGCAACGCCCGUUUACGUGUUGAAGCUGAGCGUGCUCACCUGGAAGCACGCAUGGCAGCUCUCAAUGACGCCCAAAAGAAGGGCAGGAAAAAGGGUACACUCAACUGCUUCUAA